AGUGGCUGCGCGCGGCCAACUUGGCGCCUGCAGCAAGCGUGGCCACCAUAAUUCCCGCAGUGGCAGCUGACCCGGGGCAAAAGCGGGAUUGUCCCGCCCCCAGGCAGGAUAUGGCAACCCUCCAGGGGGCUACCAACGCGGGGGCCGCAACUACUUGAGUCAGGCUCUUUGGAUUGCUAGGCCCGACAUGGUUGCUUAGCAACGAGUGUGUUAAAAACAGAGGAGGGGACUACGGCGCGCUUCACGCAAGGCGAGGGCAGCCAUUUUGUCUACUCUCGCGACCUGAUUGGCUGACGCUCACCAACGUUCUAACCGCCUGGUCUGCAAGUGACGCACAUGCGCAGAGGGCUUGAGUGGGGCUGAUUGCAGCUACAAGCUAGCCAGAGAAAGAGAGAUCCAGAGAGCAAAAGGAGCGAGGAAAUUGCAUGCCAUCUCUUUGACCUGUCCAUCUUUUCUGGACCAAACCUGCAAUACAGAGUGAAAGAUCAGGAGAAGGAGAGAUACUAAAAGCUGCCAAGAGGAACCUGCAAAGUUGUUCCUGCUACCUUCCACCUCUUCCCGGCUUCCCUCCUUCCAGAGAAGUGACAACCAAGAAGAAAGAUGCCGGGGCUGAUCAACCGGACGACCAACACUGCCCUCCCUCUCACAGCCUCAGAGGUCACUUCAUGUGUCAGCGGCUACGCUUUCGGAAUGACCGCCUCUCUGAUCUAUGGCAACUCAGAGACCCAUCCUUUUGAAGGCCUCUUUGUGUAUCCGCUGGAUGAAUACACAACUGUGGUUGGCUUCGAAGCUGUUAUUUCGGAGCGGGUUGUGACCGUGCAAAUCAAAGACAAGGCCAGGAUAGAUGACAACUACUUUGACUGUUGCAGCCUCCCCAACGGCCGCACGCCGGACGAAGGACGCAUUGUGUUGGACGAAGACCUGGAGCGGAUUGUCUUUGUGGCCAACGUGGGCAUCGUGGCCCCCCAGGAAAGCGUGUCCAUCUGCAUCAGCACUUCUUCGGAGCUGCAAACCCUCCCCAGCGGGGCUGUCAGGGUGAUCCUUCCUCCCGUCUGUGUCCCCAAAGUCCCCCAAAACAGCACCGAGGCGGCUGCUUCCAACCUUUCCGGACACCACCUUCGCUUAGACCGGCAUUAUUGUGGUUCUGCAACAACAGACCAACCUGGGAGGUUCUGUCUGGCUCGUCUUCUGGAAACCGAGGCCACCAACCCUACGGAGUACGACUUCAGUUUCUACUUGGAGAUCCGUGGGCCAUGUCUCCUUGCAGGAGUCGAGAGCCCGACACAUGAGAUCCGUGCAGACGCCGAACCGUCGGCUAGAUCCGCCAAGAGCAUUGUGAUCACUCUGGCCAACAAGCAUACCUUUGACCGUCCAGUGGAGAUCUUGAUUCAUCCAAGCGAACCGCACAUGCCUCACAUUUUAAUGGAAGAGGGCGACAUGUCCCCCAUUGAGUAUGAGCAACACCUGAAGGGGAGGAACGAUUUUAUUAAGGGAAUUAAGAAGGACCCAAGUGCCGAGAAAAAGACAGAGAUCAUCCGGAAGCGGCUCCACAAGGACAUCCCUCACCAUCCGGUGGUCAUGCUGAACUUCUGCCCCAACCUGAAGACCGUCCGUCCGAACCUGAGGAGCACCCAAGGAGAGUUCAUUUUUCUCGUCGACCGCAGUGGAAGCAUGAGUGGCGUCAACAUCAACCGCGUCAAGGAUGCUCUGCUUGUGAUCCUGAAGAGCCUCUUGCCGACGUGUCUCUUCAACAUCAUUGGGUUUGGGUCGACCUUCAAGGCUCUGUUUCCUUCCAGCCAGACCUACGGUGAGGAAAACUUGGCCGUUGCAUGUGAGAGCAUCAAGAAGAUCCGGGCCGACAUGGGGGGCACCAACAUCCUCUCGCCUUUGAAAUGGAUCAUUCGGCAGCCGAUCCACCGAGGGCAUCCACGACUUCUUUUCUUGCUAACCGACGGCGCUGUUAGCAACACUGGGAAAGUGAUAGAGCUGGCGCGCAACCAUUCCUUCUCCACCAGAUGCUUCACUUUCGGCAUCGGCCAAAACGCUUGUCGGCGACUUGUGAACGGCUUGGCUGCCGUAUCCAAAGGACACGCAGAAUUCCUUCUUCAAGGGGAAAGAUUGCAACCCAAGAUGAUUAAGUCCCUGAAGAAGGCCAUGUCUCCAGUGGUCAGCGAUAUUUCGGUGGAUUGGGUCUUUCCAGAAACAACGGAAGUCUUGAUCUCUCCGGUCAGUGCCAGCUGCCUUUUUCCAGGUGAUCGGCUAGUCGGCUACAGUGUCAUCUGCGACACGUCCCUCUACAUUUCUAAUCCCAGGCUGGACAAGAGACGCCGUUACAGCAUGCUCCAUUCGCAAGAGUCAGGCAGCUCCGUCUUCUUCCAUUCCCAAGAAGAAGGUGCUCCUUCAGACAACUGGAGCUCUUCGAAGGAUCCAGAGAGUGGCUUCCCUUUGGAAAGGAGCCCUGAACUCCUUGAAAUCAGUGGCGCAGACCUGGGAAGUGAAUCUGAUGUGGAUUCUGGACUGGACACAACAGCUCCAUCACGGAGGAGGGCAUACAGCACCAACCAAAUUGCUGACCGCCAGCCUUUCUGGAAAGUCCCGACUGCCAGCGAUCCCAGCUCUGCCCUUAUUAAAAACCCUCUUCGGAAAGCCCACCUGCAAGACCUCAGCCAGCUGAGUCCAGAAGGGCCGCCAGGGCAAUUCGAAUUCCAGCCUUUCGCUACUGCCAGCCCUCCCAUUGCCACUACAAGGAUCCGUGGGGUCGGUGCAAGGCGGCCAUCUCUGCUCCAACAAGGCCGCCUCUCGCUUGCCCACAACCCAGACUCGCCCCACAUCAAUGCCACGGAAAUGCUGGCAGGGAAGCCUUCGCACCAGACUGAGACCAACUCCACCUUGGGAUCCGUUUUUUCCGACGGCCGAAGUCCCGGGGAUGUGGAUUCUGCCCACCAUCCUUCCUUCAACUUCGAAACAGAGACUUCAUCCGAUUGGGAAGUCCACGAUCUGGAGACUGGGUCCACUGGUGGCAGCCUGCGACGUUCCCCAAGGUCCAUCUGUAAAGUCGUGGUGAAAGGCUUGCAGAACAACGAACCGGUCCAGUGGGAGAUUGCUUUUGACAUCGGACCCCUUUUCCAAAGCAGAGAGAAGAAGGGCGAUGAGGAAGAGGACCUCUGGAACGAGACCUUCCACCAUCUAGCUGCCAAGUCGGUUAUUCGGGAUUUUGAACAGCUGGCCGAAAGGGAGACCGAAAUUGAGCAUGGGUCGGGACGGCGGUACCAUGUCAAUGCCGUACACACCAGCAAAGCCUGCAAUGUGAUCAGCAAAUACACAGCCUUCCUACCAGUUGACCUGAGCAGCAACAGCUACUUGCCGACUGUGGUUGAAUACUCAAACGCAGGUCCGGCUCUGAAACCAGGCAGCCAACGGAUUUCGGUUUCCGAGAGCCGGAGACACCGGGCGUCUUCUACUGGGCUGGGAGGCACCAAGUCAACCUCCAGUCAAGACGGAGCAGAUGAUGGAUUCCAUAACAUGAAUGCUGAAGAGAACAACUUGUCUCCGUGCAGCACUCCUUCCUCCUCUGGAUGGGAUCGCUACACUUUUCCAGACGUGCCACUGAGAAGUCCUUCGGUUUCCUCCCAGAAAUCUUUGGAGGGCUUUUUUGCAGCCAGGCUGACUUUUAACAAAACCAGGUUGCUGACCCGAGCGGCCCGAGGCUUCAUGGGUAAAUCUCCCUCCAGGACCAGCGAGCCAAAUUUGGAGAGCGAGAACCAAAAUGCUGACUACUUACCCCUUGUGUCCCUCCAGCUGGCUUGUGGCUCCUUCCUCUUGAACAAGGCCUUCUGCGAGGCCAUCAACAUCCCUCUGGAGAAGCUGAAGAGGACAUCUCCUUUCACCUGCCACCGGAUGUCCCUCAGCCUUUCCGCCAACUCCUUUGGCUCCAGAAAGGCAGACCCAUCAGGGGAGAACAUCCAAGGGGACACCACAAACCCCUCAGCAUACAAAGACGCUAACAGGGAGGUCGGCCGGACUCGCAGCAUGGCGGAAGACCUCUCUGGCCGCCUGAGGUCCGAGAAGAAGCUCUCCCCACCAGCCAUCACCAUCCAGCGUUUCUCCUCCUCACCAGAGAGCAGCCUUUCACCCCAAGAGUCACAGUCCGACAGCGGACGAGGGUCCGAGACGGAGAGCUCCGAACUUCAGGCGUGGCUCUUUGACAUUGAGCUCCAGCAGCAGACUGAGCCGGAGGGCAUGUUUUGGGCCACGGCGGUUGCCUUGGCGUGGCUGGAGCACAGCUCGGCCUCCUAUUUCAUCGAAUGGGAGUUGGUGGCGGCCAAAGCCAGCUUGUGGCUGAGUGAGCAAGUGUUCCCCGAAGGCCGAAGCCUGGCCGCAGUGAAGGCCGCCGCUCAGCAGCUCUUUGUCUUGCUCAGGCACUGGGAUGAAAACCUGGAGUUCAAUGUGUUGUGUUACAACCCCAACAAUGUAUAAGGAAGAGAGGAAGAAUUGGGGAAGAGCAGAGAUGAAGGAUGUCAAGAAGACUCCUCUAUGGGAACUGGCAUUGCAACACACGGAGAUGCCCCGUUUGCAAGAGGUUUUGAGAUUUCUGGCAUUUGGGAUUUUGCUUUGCAGCACUUCCAUCCGUGCAAAAAGCCACCUUUUUCGGCCCAAAAGUGUUCUCAGAGUUGCCCCCACUCCAAGAAAUUUAAACAUUUCCUCUCAGAUGAAAUUUUCACCCCAAAAACAUCCCAGAAUGCAAAUGUGCCAAAACACUAACAUUGGUGCAAAAAAAAAAUUGCCCAAUCUCUCCAAAAUGUGCCAAAUCCUGUGCACUUUUGUACAACGGCAGAAAAGUUUUAAAAUGCUUUAUCCAUGCAGGGGAGAAUGAAAGUAGCAAAGAGUUAGGUCCCAAGAGGACAGAUGGAUGGGAAGAGGUUAUGGAUGGUGUGACUCCUCUCCGCUCCUUAUUGAACAAUGCUCACUACUGACCUAAUGCUGCCAGAAAUGUUCCUGUUCGUGGAUUUGGACUUUUCAUCUGGUUAUCAAUGCUGCUUUUGGAGGUCAUGCUGGCUUCACACCCUUGCACACUGUCCUAGUAAUGCCUCUUACUUUCCCUCCCUAUGGAGGGGUUGCAUACCUUCCAAUGUGCAUACCUUCCAAUGUGUAGCCAAGGAACAUUAGAGUGUGGUCUGAUGUUAUGUCUGAUGCUGUAAGUAAAGUAAGUAAAGUAAUUGUAUCCAAAUUCUGAAACUGAAGUGCCUAUGGGACACGUCCCUAUUGUCUCCCUAUACAUCCCACUCUUGACUUCACUGCCUGCGGUUUCUACUCUUCCCAGUCUUGAAAGUGGACAAAACAUAUCCUUCUCUCUUUUUCGUCUUCUGACUUGCCAGCAAAGUGUCCUCAAUUUUUCUUGUCUAGUGAUCAGUGCGCUAAGUAUAUAUUUAUGCACCUUGCACAGCUUUGCUUGGAAGGAAUCGGCUGGUUGUUUAUUACAAAAAGGAUUAACUAGUUAUGUUUAAUCGUUUGCAAUUAAGGCUGGCUCUGAUGUCAGCGGAAUGGUAAAUCCCCUCUGGAUUAUAGUCUGAACUUUAUUAAGGCCCUUAUCACACGGAGGGUUUUGCAGCUCUGAUCCAAAGCCACUGCAGAUUUACGCUAAAAUGUGAUGUAUUAUCAGACAUGAUUGCUUUCUAUGGGGAGUCGUUCCAAGGCGAAUCCACAGUCAAUC